AUGGCAAGACAUACACCAGAAAAACGAAAAAAUUUUCUGUCAUUGGAUGGUUAUACUGCAAUCUUAGAUGCUUGUGAGAAUGCUGCCGAUGUUUUUUCGAAGCUCGUACCGCUAGUUGGAGAGGAUUUAAAUGACGAUAUAUGGAAACAAGAAUUGAUGAGAUCGAAGCAGCUAGAUAGUGCGAAGGAUAUAUUUGAUUUUUGGGAUGAAAUUUGGAAAAGCAACAGCCCUUUGAAUAGAUAUCGCACAAUGUCCUCUCGGGCAGUACGUAAAACUCUAGGUCAUACAACGCAAGAUGAUCUUGCUCAAGUCUUGCAAAAGGUUGGAAUUGAUAAAAAUCAUGAAGACGAAGAAGACGAUUUUAUCGUCACAUCCAGUAAUGAUCGUCGUCGAAACGUAUUCGAAAUGCUCGCUGAUGAAGACGAAGAAAAACCGACGAAAGAAAGCGCAGAGGAAGAAGACGAGCAAGAACAAGUACAACAAUCGACUGUAUCGAAGUCGAAACGAAAACGGAAAGGCAAAAAGAAGAAUACAGAAGUGCCGAAGAAUGAAGAAGUCGAUGAUGAUUUUCUCAUGGUCUCAAAUGAACUUCAAGCAGCACCAGCAUCGAAAGAAACAACGUCUGAUUUAUUCUCGACAGAUACACGCAAAAAGAAGAAUACAGAAGUGCCGAAGAAUGAAGAAGUCGAUGAUGAUUUUCUCAUGGUCUCAAAUGAACUUCAAGCAGCACCAGCAUCGAAAGAAACAACGUCUGAUUUAUUCUCGACAGAUACACGCCUUUUGAAUCCCUUGAACGAAAUGAAAAAGAAAUUCGGAAGCAGUAUUGUCGAACAAAUAGAACGCGAGAAUAAUCCUACCGCCCAAGCCGCUUUUGCGAAUAUGUCCGCACAACGUCGCCGUGCUUAUCAAAUCCUUCAACAACAGCAACAACGACCGACCACUCGGAUAGCAAAACAAAACGCUUUCAUUACUUCGAAAUUAGGAUGGCCAGUGUACCAUAAAUUUGGUCUACUGAUGAAACCAUCAGCACCAUUGAAUGAAACUGCGCCCAAUACGGGAAAUUAUUUCCAAUUUGAAUAUGACAAAGAUUAUCAACGAAUUCAAAUCCAGUUUUUAGAUUUUGUCGAUCAACACGAUCUUCAAGGAAUCAUGGAUAUUCUUCGUCACUAUCCUUACCAUAUCGAUUCAUUGAUUCACUUGAGCGAUGUGAGUCGAAUGCAGGAUGAUACACCAACCGCUGUCGAUUUAAUUGAGCGUGCUUUGUACAAUUUUCAACAGUCAUUUCAUCCGCUGUUUUCGAUCACACGUGGUGAAUGUCGUUUGGAAUAUCGAGUCCAAGAAAAUCGAUCUUUUUUCAUUAGCCUUUUUAAACACAUAAUCUAUAUCGGUGAACGUGGUUGUUCAAGGACAGCAUUGGAGUUCUGUAAAGUACUCUUGAGUCUCGAUCCAAUCGAUGAUCCUCUUGCAAUUCUCCUUCUAUUCGACUACUAUGCAAUACGCUCGGAUGAAUACAGUUAUCUUAUACGAUUUUAUAUUGAACAGAAUCAACGAUUACGAUUGAGUGGCUUACCAAAUUAUGUUUUCUCUGUUGCAUUGGCGUACUUUCGUAACUCGUCCUACGAUCAAGCGAAUGAAUUGUUACAAGACGCAUUGUUACGUUUUCCUUCCGUAUUGAAAUAUUUGCUUGACAAAUUAUCAAUUAGACCCGAUCGCACCGUUGAAAAAUGUCGAUUCUUCUCUGAUAGUGAACGAUAUGAUUCAAAUGCAUUGAAAUCUGUACAACAAUUAUAUGUUGUGCGAAUGGCGAAUGAAUGGAAAGAGAAAGACGAACUCGACUUUUUGAAAAGCAAUGUUAACGAAGUUAUUGACAUUGUCGAACGAAAUCAAGAUGAUCGCAUUGCAAAUUAUACAAAGACACGAGAAACAUCUUAUCGUCGAACACCAAUGAACGUUUGUCGGCAUAUUGUUCUGUCAGAAUCAAAUGAAAUACGUGGAUUUCUGCCAAGUGAUAUCGACGGCGGGCGAACUUUUUACUCGUUUGAUCCUUUUCCUCCGCGAGAUUCCAUCGUUGGAUUUCAACGACCAGAAAGACCUACUUUACAAGUGAAUAAUUCCUACAAUUCCUUCGGUAUGCUUUUGCGCUCGCUACUGCCGAAUUUCAACUUAGACAACUUUCUUGUCGCUGGUGAUGCUCAAGCUGGUGCUGUCGGUGGUGGUGCUAAUGCUGCCGCCGGCGAAAAUGAUGUCGGUAUGUUGCAAGCUCUUCAAGAAAGUAUACGUGAUUUCAUUCGUGAUAUCGGUGUUACGAAUAUUGAUGAGAAUCAAUUACAACAACAGCAACAACCGCCGGAUGAUGACGAUGAAACUAAUCAGGAAUUUGAUUAA